AUGGUGUUAGUUCUGAUCUAUGUUGAUGAUAUGCUAAUUACUAGAAGCAGCUUAAAGCUGAUUCAGUACACAAAAACUUCUCUACAGAACAUCUUCAAAAUGAAAGACUUGGGAGAGUUAAGGUACUUUCUGGGAUUAGAACUUGCUAGGUCCAACAAGGGUAUUAUUAUGCAUCAGAGAAAGUACACAUUAGAGCUCAUAGCAAAAGUUGGAUUAACUGCAGUAAAACCAUCAACUGCACCAAUGGUAUCAAUGCUAAACUUACAACAAAACAGUAUGAUGAGCACAUCUCAAAAGAUGAAAGAUCAGUUGAAGAUCCUAAUACCAGAUAUAACUUAUGGAGUUCAAACUCUAAGCCAGUUUCUUCAGCAACCAAAGAAAUCUCAUAUGGAAGCUGCUUUAAGAAUUGUGAAGUAUGUGAAAAACAAUCCUGGACAAGGUAUACUAUUAUCAAGUCAAUAUAAUACAACCAUCACAGCAUACUGUGAUGCAGAUUGGGCAGCUUGUCCGGUCACUAGAAGAAGCUCAGCAGAAGCAAAGUACAGAAGCUUAGCUGCAACUGUAGCAGAAUUGACAUGGCUAGUAGGAAUGUUAAAAGAAAUUGAUGCAGAAGUAAAAUUGCCAGUAGAUAUAUUUACUGAUAGCAAAGCAGCUAUUCAGAUUGUUGAUAAUCCAGUCUACCAUGAGAGAACCAAACAUAUAAAGAUCGAUUGCCACUUCAUACGAGAAAAAAUUCAAUAA